CUCUGUCCCCGGCUCCCGGCCUGCGUAUUUCCUUCCCUGCCUGCGCGCUGCGCGUGCGGAGGGCGCGCGGGUUCCGGGACGCCGGGCGUGCAGCCUAGGGCUCGGCUCCGCAGCCUCUCCGGAGCGAGGAUGGGGGCUCAGCGGGUGCUUCUUCUAGUCAUAUAUUUACUGCCUGCGCUCCUGCUCUCAGAGGCCGCCAAAAUCCUGACUAUAUCCUCACUGGGUGGAAGCCAUAUUCUACUAAUGCAGCGGGUGUCUCAGAUUCUUCAGGAUCACGGUCAUAAUGUCACUGUGCUUUCUCAUAGAGGGAGAAGUCUAGCCUCAGAUUUAGAAAAAGAGGAACACUCAUUCCAGGUCAUCAGUUGGCAUUCAUCUGGAGAUCUUGAAAAUGAAGUAAGGAAACGUCUGGAUUUGUUUGUGACAGAAGCUUUGCACAACAGAAAAGAAUCUGAACACUUUGUAAAUUUAAUGGAAAUACUUGGGACUCGAUGCAGUUAUUUGCUAAGGAGACGUGAUAUCAUGGAUUCCUUAAAGAAUGAGAACUUCGACCUGAUAUUUGUUGACACCUUUGACUUAUGUUCAUUUCUAAUUGCUGAGAAACUUGGGAAGCUGUUUGUGUCCAUUCUUCCCACAGUAGUUAGCAGACUGGACUUUGGCCUGCCAAGCCCCUUGUCUUAUGUUCCAGUAUUCCAGUCUUUCCUAACUGACCGUAUGGACUUCUGGGGUAGAGUAAAGAAUUUCCUGAUGUCACUUGUUUUCUCUGUGGAGCAGUGGCAAAUACACUCUACCUUUGACAACACCAUCAAAGAGCAUUUCCAGGAAGGUUCUAGGCCAGUUUUAUCUCAUCUUCUAAAGAAAGCAGAGCUGUGGUUUGUCAAUUCUGACUUUGCCUUUGAAUUUGCUCGGCCUCUGUUUCCCAACACUGUGAAUGUUGGAGGCUUAAUGGUCAAACCUAUUAAACCAGUACCACAGGAACUUGAGAAUUUCAUUGCCAAAUUUGGAGACUCUGGUUUUGUCCUUGUGGCCUUGGGCUCCAUCGUGAGCAGAUAUCAGUCCCAGGAGAUUCUCAAGGAGAUGCAUACUGCCUUUGCUCGUCUCCCUCAAGGGGUGAUAUGGAAGUGUAAGCCUUCUCACUGGCCCAAAGAUGUCAAAUUGGCAGCAAACAUAAAAAUCAUGGACUGGCUUCCUCAGAACGACCUCUUGGCGCACCCUCGCAUCCGCCUUUUUGUCACUCAUGGUGGGAUGAAUAGUAUCAUGGAGGCCAUCCAGCAUGGCGUGCCCAUGGUGGGGAUUCCUGUCUUUGAAGACCAGGAUGAAAACCUGCUCCGAGUAGAAACCAGAAAGUUUGGUGUCUCUAUCAAGUUAGAGCAGAUGAAGGCUGAGACGUUGGCUCUGAAGAUGAAGCAAGUCAUGGAAGACAAGAGGUACAAAUCUGCCGCAGAGGCUGCCAGCAUCAUCGCACGCUCGCAGCCCCUGACCCCUGCCCAGCGGCUGGUGGGCUGGAUCGACCACAUCCUCCAGACAGGGGGUGCAGCCCACCUCAAGCCCUAUGCCUUCCAGCAGCCGUGGUAUGAGCAGUACCUACUGGACGUCCUCUUGUUCCUGCUGAUGGUCACCCUGGGCACUGUGUGGCUCUGUGGGAAGCUACUGGGCCUGGUGGCCAAGUGGCUGUGUGGGGCCAGGAAACUAAAGAAAGCCUGAGGCCAAGUGGAGCCUUGGAGAGGGUGUGCUGGGGAGCCACUGGUUCUUUGAAGUCUUCCCCCAGCACUGUACUUGCCUCCUCCCCUUCACUUUUACUUGAUGAUAGAACAUGCAUUUCCCCUACUUUUUGUCUCUGUUUAGAAAUCUUUCUGAAGAACUCUUGGGGUGCUUUUUAAAGGUACUGUGGUAAAGAAUACAUCACAGGCAAUUUACCAUUUUAACCAUUAAAUAGUAGUUCAGUGGCAUGAAGUACAUUCACUCAGCUGCGCAAACAUCAUUAUCCUCCAAUUCCAGAACUCUACUCAUCUUUCCAAACUAACAUUCCACACAGGUUAAAUGAUACCGCACCCCACCCCCGCCCCCGCCACCAGCUUUCCCUUAACCACCAUCAAGGUUCUAGCAGCCCAUGUCUACUUUUGUGUCUGAAUCUACACUUGAGUUUCUAGAUUGCCCCUGACCAAGGGACGCCUCUCCUCAGCCCAGCCUGCUCCCUGCUCCCUUGUGAUCCCGGCACAUGGUGCUCUGACGACUCCCUUGUCCAGGAGCCUUCUCAGGCUCUUUCCCCAUUUCUCUUUCACUUUUCAUAAAACUCACUCGAGCUGUUUGGUCAGUUCUUCCUUGUCAGCCUUCCUCUUGCGUUUCCUUUUCAUCUCACCUCACAGCUCAGGAAGCCUGGCCUCCGUCCUGCAGGUUAGCAGGGACACCCCUGUGAGGACUUGGUCCCCUCCUGCGCAGAGCACUUCCUUCACUCUUAGGCCUGGAGCCUGUCCUUUGGUCCACAGCUGAGGCCACCUGUUGCCCACGUUUCAAUGUUCCAUCCUCAAGAUCCCCACUUGAAUAAUUAGGGUUACGAAAACCUAAGUGGAGAAAUGGAACCUCCAUGCAAGGCUUAGGGCCUUAGGUCCAGGAGCUAUGGCUGGCCCAAACCUCUUGAUACAGGAAACAUUCCAUCUGCCAUCCCACCUAGCAAAGAACAUCCCUACAUGUGGUAAACCCUUAGGGAUGACAUUCAGUUCCUAGUAACAGAAGCUAGAAAAAGAGUGGCUUAAAUACUCCGGAGUUUUAAAGUGUUUUUUUUUAUUUCCUGGACACAGCCUGGAGACAGGUGGUGGAGGGCUGGGGUGUUGACUCAUCCUGCUGUCUGUAGCUUAAAAAAAAUUUUUUUUUGAACACCUGUCCUGUACUGUUCUUCUAAGUUGCCUCUCUGGUUUGUUGCUCUCAUGAAAUAUUUUACCUUUGGUGAUCCUGUCUUCCUGUUUGCUUUUGCAUUCUGAAAUGGAAUUAAAUUCCUCCUUAAAAGUUU